UCCUCCUGCAGCGUACGCUACCAGGCAGCCAGAGAACCAUAGACAGUUUAACCGAACGGGCAGAGCAGCUCAGCUCCGUGUUUACGUUGAGAUGCUCACAACAAAGGACAGCACACCGCGGAUAGGCUGUCAUUUAAAAGAAAGCACCGUGAUAUUUAGUCGGUGAGCAUUUACAACUCAUAACUCCAGGAAGAGGAGCAACAAAUAACACAAAUUCUCAUCUGCUUCCAUUUUUUUUUACGGUUUACUUUGAUUUUUUUUUGGAAAAGGAAGAACCAGCCAAGAGGGGAGAAAUUAGGACGAAAUAUCCUUUUUUUUUAAGCCGGUGGAGCGUUAGCUAGCUUGCUAGCCUCAGCAAGUUGGGGGAAAGCCAGGCAGCAGCUGGUGGAGAAGCUAGCAGCACCGAAGACAACAAAAGGACUACAUCAUUUAUAUCGCAGGCAGGACGAGUGGUGCUGCGAGAGACGGACACAUGAAGCAUGAGAGGGUGGAGCUGAGGCUCAGCUGACCCUUCCCCUUCCUUCUCCUCCUUUCCCCGUGCUCCAUUCGAUCAGCACUUCCCCCCUCUCCCUUCCCCUCCUUUUCCCUUCCUGUGUCCCUCACCCUGUUGGAUCUCACCAAUCUUGCCUCCCCUCCUCCUCCAAACCUCAAUCAGCCGUGCCCAAUGUACUUCCCGGAGCAGGAAAACAUCUCCACCACCGCCUCCACCAAAGUGCCAGUGAAGUAUGGAGAGCUCAUUGUGCUGGGGUACAAUGGCUCUCUGCCCAACGGGGACCGAGGCCGACGUAAGAGUCGUUUUGCACUUUGUAAGAGACCGAAGGCAAACGGGGUGAAACCCAGCACAGUUCACAUCGCCUGCUCUCCACAGGCAGCCAAGGCCAUAAGCAACAAAGACCAGCACAGCAUUUCUUACACUUUGUCUCGAGCCCAGACGGUGGUGGUGGAGUACACCCAUGACAGCAAUACAGACAUGUUCCAGAUCGGUCGAUCAACAGAGGGUCCCAUCGACUUUGUAGUGACGGACACGGUGGCGGGCAGCCAGAGUAACGCAGACACCCAGUCGGUCCAGAGCACCAUCUCCCGCUUCGCCUGCCGCAUCAUGUGCCAGCGCACGCCGCCUUACACCGCACGCAUCUAUGCCGCCGGCUUCGACUCCUCCAAGAACAUCUUCCUCGGGGAGAAAGCUGCUAAGUGGAAGACGUCAGAUGGUCAAAUGGACGGGCUGACCACCAACGGCGUGCUCGUGAUGCACCCUCGAAACGGCUUCACCCAGGACUCCAAACCAGGCGUCUGGAGGGAGAUCUCAGUCUGCGGCAACGUCUUCACCCUGCGGGAGACCCGCUCAGCACAGCAGCGGGGAAAGAUGGUGGAGACUGAGAGUCAGGAGCUGGUCGACGGCUCUCUGAUCGACCUAUGCGGUGCGACUCUGCUGUGGCGCACCGCUGAAGGCCUGUCACGCACUCCCACCCUCAAACACCUGGAGGCGCUGCGGCAGGAGAUCAACGCGGCCCGCCCGCAGUGCCCUGUGGGCUUCAACACGCUGGCCUUCCCCUCCAUGCGUCGCAAGGACACGCCGGACGAGAAGCAGCCCUGGGUCUACCUCCAGUGCGGCCACGUGCACGGGUACCACAACUGGGGCAACCACCGCGAGGAGAUGGAGGGCCGGGAGGGCCGGCAGAGGGAGUGUCCCAUGUGUCGAGCUAAAGGGCCGUACGUGCCGCUGUGGUUGGGCUGCGAGGCGGGGUUUUACGUGGACGCCGCCCCGCCCACUCACGCCUUUAACCCCUGCGGCCACGUUUGUUCAGACAAGACGGCAGCCUUUUGGAGUCAGAUCCCGCUGCCGCACGGCACGCACACCUUCCACGCCGCCUGCCCCUUUUGUGCCCAACAGCUGACUGGUGAGCAGGGCUACGUCAGACUCAUCUUCCAGGGGCCCCUCGACUAGCAGGGGCGACUUCCCAGCAUCCCUUGUGUGAAGCAGAGCAGGGAGUUUUUUUUUGUUAAGACGCUGACCCUUCAAUGAAAAGAGGGAGCUACACAGAUUUGGUUUUUUUUCCCCCUCUGCAGUUAAGGUAUAAACUUUUUUCUGGACUUUUUGUCUCUCUCUCAUUUUUAAGUGACCUUUGUAUUGCUUUUUCAUGAAUGACAACAAAGAUUUCUAUAUUUUCAUGUGAAACCAGAGACACAAAAACCAAACGGAGAACACUGCUGGGUAAACCUUUUGUUUUUGUUUUUCUCGGAAAGAACUUUCAACAACAGUAUUUUUCUAAAUCACUAAUAUACUGUAGUACAAACGGUUUUUAUUCAUGUUUAUUGUUGCAAUAUACAUCUGUGUACAUCUCUUAGAGCUAAUUUAAACAAAGAUGUUUAUUUAUGGCCCAGGAACCAUCGCUUCAUCCUUUAUCUGUCAGAUAUUUCUAACUUCAAUACUAUUUAGCAUUUUAAUUAUUUGAAAAUACAGUAUAUUGUUGAUCAGAUAUAAAGUUCUAGGUGUGUUCUGAGGGUUCCGUGUCUUUCCCCCAUGUUUGCCCCCUCAGAUCGGUUUGUCGUAUUUAUACACCCCGUUCUCUGGCGUGCUCUCACUUUGUGUGUUGACCCCUCAGCCUUUUCACAUUCAAAGCAAUAGAUUUGGAACGGAAACCUCCUGCAGCAUUAUGGGAAACGGAGUCUUUUGGGCGUCUUUGUAACACUCAGUCAGCCUAAAUGGGCCGCUCCCUCCCUUUAAAGUCCAAGCGAAAGCGUUUUCGCAGGUGAGUCAAUCUUUUCUGAUCACAGGUUAGCCAUGAUACCGCAGCUAUGUAGCUAAAACAAACACACACACACACACACACACUCACACACACUCUCGAACAAGACCUGGUCAAACUUGCACACAUUAACUCAAUUUACAAUAAGAAGAAUACAGAUGUUAAAGAAAAAAGAGAAAGUGCUGCUUCUUCCUUAUUCUGCUGUGAUGUUUGGGGCUCACCUGCACAGUUACAGCAUGAAUGAUAGCAAUUAUUUUUCCAGACACAGUAUUCUUAUCUGUAUUAAUCUUCUUAGCACUGAGCUGAGAAAUAGCAAAAACAUAACGCUUAACAACACCCUGACUGUCUUUAACUAGACAUUUAAAUGAAAUGAAAACUUUCACUUCACCCAAUAUUGUAAGAUGCUUUCAGAGGCUGAUAAUGACGUGUUUUAUUUUGAAAAACACUGAUUUACUGCACUGCAUUUCAGGCCUGACUCUAAAUACUAGUCAUGAUUUGUAAGGAGGACUUGAGGUCAUUUCAGUGUGCUUCUCUCUCUCUCACCUGAAUUGGGACAGUGCAGAAAGUCCCAUCCAUCUGAACACAUUCAGAUGAAGACAACUGUGGCUGUUUGACUCAGGUUUGAUGCACACAAACACAUGCAUGGCUUCAAGCUACACAAUUCUCUUUAUGGAUGCGUGCAUACUCAUCAGGGCUUUACAUCAAUUUGUGCUUUUCAAACCGUGUGAAGUGGUCCCUAUGCAGCGUUUUAGGAGCAACGAGCUCUACAACGCAAGUACAAAAAUGUCAGGACUGCCUGUUCUUUCAUUUACUUACGUUUUUAUAUUCAAACAACGUUGCUAAUAACACUCACUCGGGCUAAACGAGAGUGCUGUUAAAGGUGUCUUAACGAGCUGUAGGGGCUGUUCAUUUCGCCUGCUAUAUUGACGAGGUCGCCAACAGAUGAAUUUGUGAUAAAUGUGGUAUAAGUGUAUCUUGUUUAAAACUAUGUAGACCACUAAUAAAGGUCUGUAGUUUAAUAAAACGUUAAUUCUGUGAGGUGGCCCGAACAACCAAAAGAAACUCUUGGCUGUUGUCUCGUUAAUAUGGUCCUCCAAACCAGUCAGUCAGAGAAAAGUCAACUUCUGCAUAAAGUCUGCUAAUUUUCUAUAGAAAAUUGACUAAUUUAGCGCCUGUUAGGGCUAAAUGAUUAAUUGUUUUUAUAUCAAAAUCUGUACUUGAAUUUGAAAGAGAGCAGUUAAUCACAAGAGCUCUGAUUUUAUUAGAAAGAUUAGGGGAGAUAGAGAUGGGGAACAUCUGGACGCAAACUGACAUUGCAGUUCUUGGUCGGCGUCUCAACCCCGAGGCCACUCCACCCGGCUAUGAUUUUAAAUAGAACUUAAAUGAUUAUGUAAGAUUUAACCAGAUAUGACAGCUGUCAUCAACCCAUUUACUCAGCUGUAGUUAGAGGACCUAAAUAACAAGCAACUGUAUUGUUAUCUUAUUCCACUUAGGCACAAAGAAGAAUACUUUGUGAUAAUGCUCGGUACAUGCCUAUCUGGUUUAAAACUAUGUUUACAACAAAUAAAAGCCUGGAGAUUUAUAGAAAAAAAAAAUUAAUUUCAAUCUCAAUUUGUUUGAAAAAGUUGGAUUUGAUAUUUUCCUCAAAUCGUUCAGCUUUUCCAAAAUCCAUCUCUACAAAAACAAAGUGUACAUCAUUUUUUUUGUUCAAAUUUGUAAUGAUUUACAAAAAGCACUGCGCCCCACCGCUCCCAGGGAACUUACUUAGGUCAUAGGGCACUUCUUGAAUGCAUAAAUAAUUUGAUUUGACGUGCAAAAAAAAAAAACCUAAGACAAAAACAGAAAUAUGAAAAUUGAAUUUUCAUCUCAACUUUUAAGCCAACACAAACCGGAUGUCCGUAAAUUGUUAGAAAAAUGGAAAUCCGAGAAUCGAAAUCUCAUGACAAACCGGGCAGAGGAAGAUCACACAAUCUGAUCGAAAGCUGGAUUACAGUACGGCGACUAAAUGGACCUUUAUGUCAACCGCUGACAUCCUAUGCUGUAGUGUAGACCCAUCAAACUACUUCCACAAUAACACUCAGACUGAGACAGAGUAAUGAGUGCAGAGAAGGCAGUCCCGAUAUUUUGCACACGAUGUAAAAGCACAAAUUGUCCCAGUCUCCCGCCGCGUACACAACCCAUCCUGCAUCCAGUUUUCUCAAAAGAACAAGACACACACUCGUACUGUAGAAACUCCCAAACACUGAAGCAGCUUCACUGAUUAGAGUCACUUCCAAACUGUUCACAAUACCUUCGUCACUAUACACAGGCGUGUGUGUGUGUGUGUGUGUGUGUGUGUGUGUGUGUGUGUGUGUGUGUGUGUG